AUGCCACUGGUUGAACGUAUUGAACAUAUAUCAAGCUAUCAAGUCUCAAAACUGAUGAAUUUUAUUUUUGAUUUUACAGAUACUAAAGCAAUAACAAUGAUUAUGGCAAAUGAUGAGGAGAAAGGUAGAGUCCCGUCGGCGGAAAUGGCUCAACUUCAGUCUAACGUUAAGACUGCUACAGCCAUACCUGAAAAGGAGAAAUUAUUACAGUCGGAUCAGUCGCCAUCUAAGAAACCAUAUACAGAAUUAUCAAAGGUUUGUUUUUUAUUUUCUAAAGUUGGCAUCGGUAUACAGUAA